UGCAAAAAAUUCAAUCCUUUUCAAACUAACUUGAAUCUAUCAUGGACAGCCUACAAAAACAAUUCUAAGUUAUCAAUUGUGAUCGUUAUCAUUACGUAUACUGACCACAUCUAAAAAAGUGUUGCCUUAGUCUUUAUUUAGAAAAUUGUAUUCAACUUUUUUGACGCUACCUGUUGAAACACCUUGAGAGAUAUAAUGAAUGGUACCUCUAUAAAUAAUGGUGACUCAGCCACCCCGCCCUCAUCACCUGGCUCUACGACAGUGGUAAAAUAUGAAAAAUCUUCCUGCCUUUUCUGCAAUGAAUGGUUCGAUUCACAAACAUUUACGGAGCACUUAAUUCACUGUGGCCAAGUGCUGGAACAGUGUCCCAAUACCUGCAAUGUGUUUGUGCCACGCAUUCGCAUGCGUGCUCAUCUCAAAGAGUGUCCACGUAAUAAACGUCGCAGUACUAGUUUAGAGCGUGUCGAUCACCAGAUCGAUACUCGUGUUCAGGUGUUGGAAAAUGAAAUCAACACCUUGCGUUCAGUGUUAAAUGAGGAAAUUCGACAGCGUUUACAUUUAAUCACCGAUGUGGGUAAUCUACGUAAACAGAAUCAAAUCAUCGAUGAUUGGCAACACUCCACAAAUCAAAAUGUGAAAGCUCUACAGUUACGUUUGGAUGAGGAAAACAAUCAAAGGACAUUUGAGGUGGAACAAUGUCAGCAGGAUUUUCGUUGCAGCUUUGAUACCAUACAGGCCCUUAAAACUGAAAUACGACAUGAGAUUGACGAUCUGGAGAAGCAUAUCAAUCAAAUGUCUUUGGAUCUUACCCAACAUCAGAAUCAUUUAAAUGAUAAUAUUAUGAAGUUAGAGGAGACGGUAUUGUUGCAUGAGAAGAUUAAUAGAGAUAAAUUCAUAGAAGUUGAAAACUUUUUACAAGCCAUCAAUGUGGAUUUAAAUACUAAACUUUCUUCUGGCAAUGAUGGGGGCAAAUAUGCCGCCCUGGAUGUCGAGGUGAAGAGCAUGAAACAUAUGGUCUGCGAAACCGAGGAACGUUGUGACAAAUUGGAAACCUUGGUUGGUCAGAUUGAUCGCAGUUUACAUCAUACCAUGCAGCUGGUGAAUGAUUGUGAAAAUCAUAUUGCCACCCAACAACGUUUGACCAGUUAUAUUAACUGCAGAGGCCAUUUGGUAUGGAGAAUCAAAAAUUUCUCCAAAAAGCUGGAAGAGGCCAGACAAUACGAUACCAUACUCCAUAGUGCCAUGUUUUCCAAUAAGCCUUUUGGCUAUGCUUUAAGACUGGACAUUUACCUUAACGGCAAAGGUACUUGGAAGGGACGCAAUAUGAUUGCCUGUUUAAAUGUCAUAGCCGGCGAAUAUGAUCCACUACUGCCUUGGCCCUGCCGCCUGCAAGCCGAUGUCAUAAUUCGUGAUCAAACUCUAAACCAACUGGAACCCGAUGAUUAUGUGAAGACGGUGUUGGUGCGCAAGAAGAGUGAUGAUUACAUACAGACCAAACAGUUCUUUCACAUAUCCCAUAGCAUUUUAACCCAGAGUAGAUAUGUGAAAAAUGAUUCCAUUUUUGUGGAGGUGAAGAUUGUCAAGUGAUAGCAAGUUUUGUAUUAGUU